AUGGGAAAUUUCCCAUCAAGGUCGUGGAGGUUAUGUGUCCCUUUUUCUUUACAUUUUGUCGCCUUCGCUUUUCUUUGGUGGAAACACAGAAAAGCGCUGAAGGGCGGAAAUCUCAUCUUUGAGAAAAUAGGCCAUGUAGCUGGUAUAAUUUUUUAUCCGGUGAAGUCUUGCAGGGGAAUUUCCUUGGAGACAGCAAACUGCCUCAUAGAGGGAUUGGAAGAUGACAGGUUAGUAAACAUAAUUUUCUAGCGAUUGGUCAUUGGUUUUGGGGUUUCUAUACCUUGUGAAAUCGUCUUUCCUUGUACCAAUUUUGGUACGUUUAUCCGAUUGUAAGGUGAUGUUACACGGGACGAUUUGCAACGACGAUUUUAAGCGCAACAAAGCGUUGCAAUGUUGCAACAAUGUUGUAACUAUUCGAAACAAUGUCGCAAUAAUGAUGCAACGCUGUGUUGCACUAAAUUAACAGGCAGUUAACAUUAUUUUUGUUUAUCAAUGACAAUUUUGAAAAUGAGUUCAAAUCACAAUGCACAACUGGCCUGGAGGAGGCUAGUAGCCCAUCAACAUCUAGACGACCCAGGAUUAAGUACAUGAAGCAUAAAACAGCCUUUUCUCCAGUCCUUUGUUCUUUAUUAUUUAGGCAUCUUACUGUUAAAACGUUGAUUUUUCUGAGCCAUUCAUGGGUGUAGCUACAAUCAUGGACAAAAGUCCUCGGGCAGGGCUCGACACUAACUUUUGACGUAACUUGCCACUGUGGAAAGUAGAUAUGAAAAUUUACUUUCCAUAGUAAAAUUUUACUUUCCAAAAAUGGAAGAAACAUAUUUUCCACUAUCCGUAAUAGAAACAUGACAAAAUUAAGACUCUGUUCUUCCUUGUAUUGCAGCCAUGGAAACUCCUUAAGCCAUUCUUUUCUAAACCCACGGCCGACCAUCUUCCUCUUUUCUUUGUAUUUGUCUCGUGGCGUCGCUUGCUUCGAAUAUGCUCCAGCUGUUUGAUUUUCAGUCUGUUCUCCUCCUUUGUUGCUUUCUUGGUCAACUUCAUCAAUCUUUUCGGAGUUUCCUUUGUUAACCUCACCAGCCUGCUUAAAACACUCAUGUUUUAUUUACUAGUCCGCAUGUGAAAGGCAAAAUGGCGAGCACGGUUGAUUGGAUCAUCUAUUCCGUACCCAGAGUUUCUCGAUCUGUCACUGACGAUUCCAAGAUGGCGGAGAUAGAAAAACACGAAACGUAGACGUUUAGCAAGGAAGCUCACUUGUAAUAACUAAACACAUUCGUUUUCUUUUCUUUUUUAUUUGGCUGUUUUAAAAAAAUACUUUCCCGCAUUGUCUAGAAGUAGUAGCCUGAUCGGGGAAGUAUUUUCGGUUCGUUUGCUUUUUUUACUUUCCACUCAGAAAUAUUACUUUCCAGUGGUGAACGGGUAAGUGUUAGUGUCGAGCCCUGUCGGGACAGUAAUGCAGUAUUCAUAUUUUUCUGUCAUUUCUAAGUUUCCUCAUGAAACAGUGUGUCCUUAGCCUGUGAACAGGCUCUCGGUUUUGGGAAAGGGUGAAAAAAUUGCUUUCACUCUCCCCAGUUCCACCCUCGACGGAAGGCCCGUUCACAGGCUAUGUAUCCUUUUUGAAAUUGUGUUGCAGUUCUCCCUCCCCACCCUAUUCAAAGUUGAAACUUGAAAAAAAUUCUGGAUAUACGUAUCCAACUUUGUUUGUGGGUUGAGGGGAGGGUUUGGGAGCUGUGUGAAUUGGAAAACACCCCAGAAAUGCAAAAGUGUCCCAAGGCUUUUAUCCAUAAUUUUAGUUUCAAAUCCCAGACUGUCCAACCAUUCCGAUCUUGUUGGGAUCCUCCCAAUUUUGCUUGAAAUCCCGAAUCCUGAUCAGUAUUCUAUCGGGACAGGAAAAAUCCUGAUUGUAACAUCUGUUGUUAUAAAUAAACCAGAACAGCUGCCACAGACUGUACUUAACUGAAACUGAUACCCAGAAACUUAAAUAUACCGCCUGAAAUAUAAAAAAAUCUAGUACUUGUAUGGGAAAACACGCAAAUUAAAUAGGCAUAAAAAUGACAUUUAAUUUAGCGAACAUUUUGGAAAGAAAUCAACCUCUGAACACAAGAACAACUUUUCAGAGCAUCAAAAUUUCAAAAUUUCUGGGGUAGCGUGCUUCCAGACACCCCCCCUCCCCUCCUCCAGGCGGCUUGCACCCUAGGUGCCCAUGUGAUUUGUCAGUUGUAAAAAAAUAACCCGAGUUUGCUCAAACGGUUGCACAGUCUGAAAUCCACCCUUAGCUCAGUUUCCCAAUUUUUUUCUGUGUACUUAUCUUGAUUUGAGUCUUUUACAGUACUGUGUAAUCCAAUUCUGGGCCACUCAAACCGGAAAACAAUGGAAGACAAUGGAAAACAAUGGUAAACAAUGAAAUACCAUUGUUUAAAAGAAUGAAUCAGGAAAGACCUUAUAAGCAGCUCCUACAUUAUUACAAUAGCUUCAAGCUGCAUCUCUAUAUUUUAUUUUCUUUCCAGACGAUGGGUUGUUGUGGACAACAAGGAUGAGCACAUUAGAUGUUACUUGCAUCCAGUGAUAUCUCAAGUGACUCCACGUUUUGAAGGUGAUCAACUUUGUCUUGACGCUCCUGGCAUGCAAACACUGAAAGUGAACAGAAAGUUGAAUACUAAUGAAUAUAAAGAUCUCAGGUUUGUACAAAUUUUUAUAUAGUUGUACAGUGAAACUUCAACAUAACAAACCUCUAUAUAAUGAAGUGCUCAGUUUAACGAACAAAUUACCCCAUUAAUAGUAAAAUGUAUGAUUUCAAACAAAAGUCGAUACAAUGAAACCUCUUUAUAGCAAACAAAUUUUGUCAGUCCCCUGGCCCUUUGUUAAAUCAAGGUUCUAUCUACUGUAGAACUGUCACAGAUGUAUAGUUCUCUUUUCUUGAACUUAUGUUUUUUCUGUGAAUGUGUGGAAUUAAGGGUGGUCAAGUGAUAUGCAUGUUUGCCUCUGCCCGAAAUUGUGACGUAGGUUUUUGUAUUAAAUCGCCCCUUGUAAGGUAAUCGAAGACAGUCGUGGAUUCCGGAUUCCUUGAGCUGAAUUCCAGUUUCCGAAGCCCAGGAUUCUGAAUUCCACAAGAAAAAUUUCCUAGAUUCUGUAUUCCACAAGCAAAGGUUUCAAGGAUUCCAGAAUCCAGAUUGAAGGAGUCAACAACAAAAUGUCCCAACAGCGCUAGAGAUCAGUGGUUGUUCUAUAGGUUGAUGUGCAGCAGCUCUCAAAAGUGUUCAUAUGAUGUACAUGUAUGUCUAAGACAGUUUGAGGAGUUUUGCAGCAAGUGUUGUUUGGCAAUCUGAGUUUUCUUCAGCAUUUUUCCUGCCCUCCCACUUUUGUUCUUUCCAUGUUUUAGGGGUUUUAGUGUGAUGGUGUUUUUCUCCUUUGACAGAGGCUCAAAGCUAGGUUCUGUGUUUGUGACAGCCAUGUUAGUGUUAUUCCAUCUAGGGGCUGCAUGGCUGCCAAGAGUAGAAACCCCUCAUACUUCAGGCAUCCAACCUACAUUAAUUGACGCAGUUGUUAACCUUAAAGUUGAAAGUCCACUUUUCUAGGGCUGAGUGGGUUUUAUUUAUUAUCGUGAAACUCUUGUUACUAACUAUGGAAAAAAUAUAUCUUCCUAAACCUGUGGCAAAAUACCUUAAUGGUAAUAGUUACUGGUAUGCCUGGUUUUGUAUUUCCAGGGUGCUAAGGAUUUCAUCCAUUUCUCAAUAUGCUGGUGAUGAAGCCGCAGCUUGGUUUUCAACUUUACUGAAUGUUCCGGGAUGUAAAAUGUACCAGAUUCAUGAACCUCGUUAUGGCAGUGAAGAGGAAAAGUGGGGAGACAUUGCUUUACCAGGAGACAAGGUAACAUUUUUUUUGGAACAAAGGUGUAUUUUAUGAUGAGAUAUAGUCGUGUAGUGGUGAUUAAGACAUGUUGGCCAGUAGGCUAACGUUUGAAUUCUAUCAUCACAUAGCUGACUGGGAAUUCCCUGACCUAAUUAGGUCACUGGGUAGCCUGUGAUCGCAGACCUAUUUCCAAUUGUUGCCUCUCCUUACCCAAAAAUUUACCUUUCAGGGGGAGAGAAGUGACAAACCAGGCUUUUCAGUGGGUUAAAAUAUAAAAUUAAUCAUUCUUGUUCAGUACCUCUUUAAAUAAAUUAUGUUUGUUUCAAAUUUGUUUCUAGCGAAAGAAUGGAGCAUAAGGGAUCUCUUUUAAAUUUAAGACCAUUUUUUCUUUGACCCAAAUAUGCUUUGAUCUUGGCAGUUUCAAUAAAUUAGGCCCUCUGUAUUUAAACUAAAGAUGUAAAAUUAAUGCAACAAAUAGUCAACCUAGAAUCCCUGAAUAAAAUCAAACUGGCCCUGGUUGUUCAAACGUUGGAUAGCGCUAUCUGACGGAUAAAAAUCUACUCACUGGAUAACGCAAUUGGUUUCCCUAAUACUUAUCCGCUGGAUAGUGAUUUAUCCGGUGGAUAGCGCUAUCCAACGUUUGAACAACCGGGGCCUGGGCAUUAAUUCCUAUUCUUUAGACAGGAUAUGCAUCAAUUACUUCAUAUCUCAUGACAACAGAAGCAUCGUUAGUUCCUCUGAAUGAAGCGUUACCAUCUCCAGUUGGAAUGGACAGAUUCCGUCCUAACAUUGUUAUAGGUGGCACAGAACCCUUUGCAGAGGUUUGUAACGGUAUUUAAUUAGUUUUAUAAAAUUAAAUGUUUAUCGAGAAAGGAUUGGUCAUGACUGGCUAUGGUGAAUUUCACACUUUGAUUUGCAAGCUUGCACAUUGGCCGUCGUCAUAGUAGAGACGGAUUAUCCGUCUGAGACUGGUUAUUCGUUGAAUAAUUCGCGCCAGACAGAUACUACGACUUAAUUUGAAAAUGGAACGGCUUGAAUUUUUGAUUAACAAUCUGCCUGAUUUUAUCCGUCUGUUCAUCCGUCAAUUUUCACGGAUUUUGAAGAUGGAUUAUUCGUCUGAGACAGAUAAUCCGUUUCUCUUGUGAAAACGGCCAUGGCAACAGGGGGAAAAUCUAGGAUUUUAUCAUGUGUCACAGUUCAGUGGGGCUUUUAAUUCCAGGAACACCAGCUUCUUUAUUUUUUGCCCUGUUUUUGGUUAUGUUACAGCACUAGGACGAAGAAAUUUUAUAGAAAGUGGUCUUAUUCAUGCUUUCUUAGAACAGCAGGGUUGUCAUUAAGAGCCGGGGGCCGGGGAUUUUCCCCGGUUACUAAGAGAGUGGUCCCCGGCUACUUUUAUUGGAAAAUAGAAGAAAAAUAGAACCAAAAGAAAUCUCUAGCCGUUUGAUUCCCCGCCUACUUGUUGUGUUUACCCGGCUACUUGAAAUCUUAGUGACAACCCUGGAACAGUAAUAUAAUUAUUGCAGAUUUUUUUACAAUCUCCCGAGAUAUGAAUUGUGAUGAGCCAGUUAGGUAGCAUAAUACUGUGUUUUUUAAUUAUACCUCGAAGUGUAAUAGUGAAAAAAGAUUUAUGAUGUGCCUUAAUGAUUCGUGUUACGUCAUUAGGAUCAUUGGGACCAUAAAGUACUGAAAAUAGGAGAUGUGACGUUUAGAAAAUUAAAGGAUUGUGGAAGGUAAAGAAUUCUUCUCUGUGAUAAUUUCAGCCUUUAAAAUUUUAUUGAAAGAAAUAGAAAACUUAUCAGUCCACUGCUAAAUUCAUCUGCAAUGGCUAAGACCAGAUCAAACGCUCAGCGGUAUUCUCACAACAUUGUUGCGAUCCUUCAUCGUAAGUAUGUGUUACUCACUAUCCAAUGACUGACUGGUAGUUAUCAUAGAAUUAUUUCUAGAUCCAUUCUGAAUGUUCACUCGGCCUUAAUCACAAGAUUACCAAAUUUCACAGCAAGAAAAGUGUCAUUUUACAACUAAGACCUAAGAAAACGUGCGGUGAAUUAACGAAGAAGGCGCAAUUUUAACUCGUUUUGCUUGUUUACUGACGUUCAUCAAUCGAUUAACACUCGGUGAACGCCUUCACUGCCACAGUAUUUCUGCAUUUAGCUGCAGUUUUGAAACUAAAAAAAACGUUCACUGCUGUUAACGCGUGGAAUCCUACUUUUUACGGUCGUUUUCCCGUCUUUUACAAAAAAGUGAAUGCCGCUGAAUCUGGCAGAAAGAAACGCAUGCUCGCGUUCAUCGGUCCGUUUAACUAAAGCUCUAAUUUGCUUAAGAAAACAAAACCGUGAAGGAUUCUGGUCGUAGCAGUAAAAUUACACUAUCACCCAAAUGGCCUAUUGAAUGCUACAGCAAGUGAAUACUUGUCAUAGAGCGAUUUUCGUAUGACGUUGAAAAACCUCUUCGUUUUCCCGCCAAAGAAAACCCAAAUAUGGAGAAGGCAUUGUUCGAUUGGCCAACUGUGUUGCAGUAUGACGUCAAAGUAAAGUUUCGAUUGAUUUCUAGAAAGUUCUCGGGGAAGUUUUUUCACCCGAGCGUUCGCUUAACCAACCAAAGGCCACGCGCGUUUGUAUCCGUUCGAUAAACCAAUCAAAUCGCUCUAUUUCUGUUCGUUUGUUGUUUCUGUUUUAGUUCGCGCGUUUUCAUGUCAAGGUCAUACCAAAAUCACUCUAUCACUGCUCGUAAUGUUGGUAAUCCUGUUAUGUCACUCUCUCUUUAUUAACGUAUUAGGUGUCCUAAAACCAUCGUGGACCCUGAGAGAGGCGUCAAAGAUGGACACGAACCAUUGGAGACUUUAAGAAAGUGAGGAAAAGAUAAUCACCAACCUUCAAAUUACCAGUGUUGAACACAUACGUUAUGUUUUUAGUUAACCAAUUCAGUUAUGGGAUUUUUCCAACGAUGCUGUUUUAGUUUAAUCGAUCCAUUUUCUAGCAGACUAGGAGUAGUCCCUCGUUUUACUCAGGGAUGUGAAGCGAGCGUUGAUCUUACUCCCUCUCUUCUCCAUCGAGGCUCCUGCCAGGCAUUUCAAUAAAACAAUAGUAAUACAGUUGAACCUCUUUUAAGCGGCCAGCCUCGGGGUGUACUGGGGAGUGGUCGCUUAAAGGAGGUUGGCCACUCAAUAGAGCUUCGUCAUAAAUCAGCAUAAUUUUAAGCAGAAACAUCCCUUAAUUUUGAAACAAACUCGUGACGGAAGAAGCAUUUCUGGUCCACAUUUUGUGGUCAACUUCUAUCUCGGACUGUAUUUUCCUUCAUCAUAUUCUUAAAAUGAAGAAAAAAUCCAUCGGGUCAAGUGUAUCAUGGCCGCAGGUGAGAACAAUGGAAGAACCCUCGUUGGGAAGAUCAAAAGGUGGCCGCGGCCGCUGAAUAGAGGUUUAAUUUCCCAUUCUUUUGUACAAUUAUUUUGGAACUUUGAUAACUGACCGCUUAAUAGAGGGUAGCCGUUUCAUAGGUGGCCGGUUAAUGGGGGUUCGACUGUAGUUCAAAAAUAGCAAGCGCGUGAUGGACGAUGGGAAGAGGGGAAGGUCCCCCCGUGUUUUCCCCUUCCCGUCGUCCCCCCGCGCUUUCCUGGCACGAGGUUACAGUCUCCCCACCUCCGUACGACACAAAGAGACGAGGUCUCUUCGGAGGAAAAAGUCUUAUUCCCAAAGCCAAGGGUUCAGCGCAGUUGUGAAUUCUUUUCAGCUUUCUCUAUUUCUCAAUUGGUAGGCCACAUUAUUAAUUAUUAUGAAUUGUGAAUUAUUUGUUUGAUUAUCUUCUUUCCCUUCCCUACUUAACAGAAACCUGCUCUUUGGUUAUGGCGUUCUCACUUAGUGCAUUGUUAUGUUUAGAUUUAGAUCGUUCAAAGACAGUGAUCCCAGGCAUGGAAAGGCACCUUUCUUUGGAGCACAAAUGGCACCAGACUGUGAAGGAACCAUUGAGAUUGGUGACCCUGUUUUUCUCUCCUGCUAACGAUCAGUACAUGGUGUUGUCAUAUGACGUCACGUCCGCUAUGGUUGUGUCCCAAAACAAUGAAAUGUCUCGUGGACACGAAACCUUUUUCUUAUGUAAAAACGUUUCUUUUGUUCCAAUAAAUAUAAAUUUGCAUGGCUACUGGCCACAUGAGUGAAAAUGCUCUAUAUGGCUUCAUUAGGGCCCUCAUUGAUAGCAGCAUUUUAUGCUGAAGAGAUAACCCUGGCUAAAUAAGAUUUGUUAUUAUUAUUAUUAUUAUUAUUAUUAUUAUUAUUAUUAUUAUUAUUAUUAUUAUUAUUAUUAUUAUUAUUAUUAUUAUUAUUAUUAUUAUUAUUAUUAUUAUAGUCAUUUAAACAUUAGCCUGGCCUGAAAAUUGUGAGAAGCAAAUCGUGGUAAGCCACAACCUCACAGGCCACAGUAUGACAUAAUCGUGAUUGGUGACGCUGUGUUUUGGAUCAUGACGAGUCUGCAGCGAAGAUAGAAGACUUAACUGUACGAAAUAAUAAUUAUUUUGAAGUAGACAUGCAGAGACUUUAAGAAAAGAAAUGUAGGGCUAGGCUAUAAUAGUAC